CAUAUACCCCCAAAUGCCUAACUAAUUAACACCAUACCCUUCUUCCCACUGUACUCUCCCACUACGCCUCCUCUCUCUCUAUACUCUUAUCUCGCCGUCGUCUCAUCGCCGCCGCCGCCGCCGCUUCCACCGCCACCUCGUUCCUCCUCCACCUCCUCCUUUCCAGUGUUGUUAUCCUAAAAGAGGCAGUCCGAUAUUAGAAGAAAUUGAACUACUGUUCCGUUUUGUGGAAAGUGUUGGAUUCUGCGUGCUAAUUAACUACUUAGCUUUCGGUGUACCACACCAGUAAUACUAGUUCAAACGUGCAGAAUCAUGUGAUGCUGAUGCUUUAGUACUCUUAUGAAUAAAUGGCUGAUCACUCUUUAAUUGUGUCAGAGACUGCACUCAGUCUGGUAGAUCACACUCUGGUGAUUGGACAAGAAUUUCCCGAUGUUGAAACAUGCAGAAGAAUGUUGAAAGAUAUUGCUAUAGCUAUGCAUUUUGAUAUUCGAAUUGUUAAAUCUGAUCGUAGUCGGUUUAUAGCCAAGUGUUCCAAGGAAGGUUGUCCAUGGCGUGUGCAUGUAGCGAAAUGCCCUGGAGUUCCAACCUUUACAGUUAGAACCUUACAUGGUGAGCAUACUUGUGAAGGUGUUCGUAAUCUUCAUCAUCAGCAAGCCUCCGUGGGAUGGGUUGCCAGAUCUGUGGCAGCACAAGUAAGAGAUAAUCCACAGUAUAAACCCAAGGAAAUCCUUCGGGAUAUCCGUGAUCAGCAUGGAGUUGCUGUAUCCUACAUGCAAGCUUGGCGUGGUAAAGAACGUAGCAUGGCUGCUCUUCAUGGAACUUUUGAAGAAGGGUAUCGUCUUCUUCCUGCAUAUUGUGAACAAAUAAGCAAAACAAACCCUGGAAGCAUUGCUUCAGUUUUUGCAACAGGACAAGAAAAUUGCUUCCAGCGCCUGUUUAUUUCUUAUCGUGCUUCGAUAUAUGGGUUUAUAAAUGCCUGUAGGCCGCUUCUUGAACUUGACAGAGCACAUCUUAAAGGAAAAUACCUGGGAGCUUUACUCUGUGCUGCGGUUGUUGAUGCGGAUGACUCAUUGUUCCCAUUGGCCAUUGCAGUUGUCGAUGUGGAGAGUGAUGAAAAUUGGAUGUGGUUUAUGUCAGAAUUGCGGAAGCUUCUUGGGGUAAAUACUGAUAGCAUGCCAAGAUUGACAAUACUAUCUGAAAGACAAAGAGGCAUCGUCGAGGCAGUUGAGACACAUUUUCCUAGUGCCUUUCAUGGAUUCUGUCUGCGUUAUGUAAGCGAAAAUUUCCGUGAUACGUUUAAAAACACGAAGUUGGUUAAUAUUUUUUGGAAUGCUGUUUAUGCUCUCACUGCAGCUGAAUUUGACAGCAAAAUUGCUGAAAUGGUGGAGAUCUCUCAAGAAGUUAUAACGUGGUUUCAGCACUUCCCUCCCCAAUUGUGGGCGGUAGCAUAUUUUGAAGGUGUGCGAUAUGGCCAUUUUACAUUAGGGGUUACUGAGUUGUUGUAUAAUUGGGCACUCGAGUGCCACGAGCUCCCCAUUGUGCAAAUGAUGGAACAUAUCCGUAAUGAGAUGGCAUCUUGGUUUAACGAGCGGCGUGAAAUGGGAAUGAGAUGGACCUCCAUUCUUGUACCCUCUGCUGAAAAGCGGAUUGCGGAGGCAAUUGCAGAUGCUCGUUGUUAUCAAGUACUUCGUGCGAAUGAAGUUGAGUUUGAAAUUGUCUCAACUGAGAGGACAAAUAUUGUGGAGAUACAUAGUCGCGUGUGCUCCUGUCGUCGUUGGCAACUAUAUGGACUCCCUUGUGCUCAUGCCGCUGCGGCUCUAAUGUCCUGUGGUCAGAAUGCUCAUCUAUUUGCUGAGCCUUGUUUCACUGUCACUAGUUACCGUGAAACUUAUUCACAAAUGAUAUACCCAAUCCUUGACAAGAGCCUUUGGAAGGAACCGGGUGAGGGGGCCGAGGGCGGAGUUGCAAAGGUCGAUAUCACAAUACGCCCUCCCAAAAUCCGUCGUCCACCUGGAAGGCCGAAAAAGAAAGUUCUUAGAGUUGAAAACUUGAAACGCCCAAAGAGAAUUGUACAAUGCGGUCGCUGCCAUUUGUUGGGACACUCUCAAAAGAAAUGCACAAUGCCAAUGUAACAUUCGGUAGAUUGAUGAAUAUAUUAUCUUCCCUCAGAAAUGCAAUAGAAUUAGUGUUAUGUGCAAUCUCAGUUCUCCUGUAACCUCUAGUUGCUGCAAAAUAAGAUACUAAGUUAUUUUUGGCCUAAUUACAUAGUUUCUUUCUCAUUUUCUUU